CGGCCGAACGGAGCGGAGCGGGCAGGGCCUCCGCUUCCCUGCAGCAGCAGUUUAAGCAGCAUUAUGGGGAUUCAGGGCCUGCUCCAGUUUAUCAAGGAGGCUGCGGAGCCAACCCACGUGAAGAAAUACAAAGGGCAGGCGGUGGCUGUGGACACGUACUGCUGGCUGCACAAAGGCGCUUAUGCCUGUGCUGAGAAGCUGGCCCGAGGAGAGCCCACAGAUCUUUAUGUUGCUUUCUGUAUGAAACUUGUUGAUAUGCUCCUCUCAUUUGGAAUUAAACCAAUUUUGGUAUUUGAUGGAUGCACUCUACCAUCUAAAAAGGAAGUGGAAAAGGCCCGACGAGAGAAGCGUCAGGCCAAUCUUCUGAAGGGGAAACAAUUGUUGCAGGAAGGGAGACUCUCAGAAGCUAGGGAAUGUUUUGGGCGCAGUGUAAAUGUUACACACAUUAUGGCUCAUGAAGUUAUUAAAGCUGCACGAACCCGGGGAGUUGAUUGUAUUGUUGCUCCUUAUGAAGCUGACGCUCAGUUGGCUUAUCUUAAUAAGACUGGCAUGGUUCAAGCUAUAAUUACAGAAGACUCUGAUCUUUUAGCUUUUGGAUGUAAAAAGGUGCUUCUGAAAAUUGAUAAGUUUGGAAAUGGCCUAGAGAUAGAUCAGGCUCGGCUGGGAAACUGCAGGCAGCUCGGAAAUGUAUUUACAGAAGAGAAAUUCCGCUACAUGUGCAUCCUUUCUGGCUGUGACUAUCUCCCAUCAAUUCAUGGAGUUGGGUUAGCUAAAGCAUGCAAGUUGUUAAAAUCAGCCAAUAAUCCAGAUAUUAUAAAGGUUAUCAAGAAAAUGGGGCAGUACUUGAAGAUGAAUAUAACAGUAUCAGAAGAAUACAUACAGGGCUUUACACGAGCCAAUAAUACAUUCCUUUAUCAGUUAGUUUUUGAUCCUGUCAAGAGAAAAUUAGUUCCUCUGAAUGGGUAUGGUGAUGAUGUUGAUCCAGAAGCACUCACUUAUGCAGGACGACAUUUUGGUGAUGAUACUGCUUUUCAAAUUGCUGUUGGCAACAUUGAUAUUGAUACAAUGGAACAAAUUGAUAACUAUAAUCCUGACACUGCACAGCCUGUGCAGCAGAGAAGUCGUGGCUGGAAUGACAGACAUGAAAAUCAUGUAAAUAGCAUUUGGAGCAGAGACUACAAGCUUGACCCUGCUGCAGAUGCUGUUCCUCAUAAAAUGUACUUACCAGAGAAACCAACAACCAGAGGCAUGGAGAAGAUAAUUAGUGUUAAAAGCCUAAAAUUUGCAGGCAAAGAGCUCUUUGCAAAAAGGCCAAGGAGUGAGGAAAUCUCAGAUGGAGAUCUGUUGAACCAAUAUUCAUUUUCAAAAGCAAAAAAAUUGAAGAAGGAGAGUGCUGAUGAUGGUCAAGCACAAAAGAGUGUCUCAGCAAUACAAAGCCAUGAUUCUUCAGGGAAUUCUGUCACUCAAGAAAGCUCUAACUCCCUGCCUAGAGUUAGAAAUAAAUUUGCUUUCUUUCUACAAAGGAAAAACAAAGAGAAGGAUGCUGUAAUUGUUCCAGGAACAAGAAGCAGGUUUUUCUGCAAUAACGAGAUUAUGUUUGAUGGUAGAGCAAAGAAGGAUGACAGUGAUCUAACUCAAGAUGCUGAGCAGGAUUGCCAGAAACAGGAAGUAAAACAUGUUGCAGAAGAUGUUUCUCAGCUUUCAGAUACUGAAAAAUUGGCAAGGACUGUCUGUACACCUCCUGGAGAAACCCAGAAAGGUUGCUUCCGGUGGCUGAGCAGUCUUGUGAAUAAUUCAGGAAAUCCUGGUCCACCUCAUACUGUAUUUUCACAGCAGCUUCACCAGGGGACGAGCAGCUGUGUUGUACCUCAGGAAGAUCAGAUCAGUGGGGCACAACCAGAGAGUGGGGCAGUGUGUGAUGGAUCAGAGGAGGAAUCCUCUGUAAUGGAACUUGAGCCGUCAUCACAGUCUCAAAGGUCUUGUGAAACAUCAGUGAGCAGCUUGGAGUUUUCAGAAAUACCAGAAGACUCAUCUAUCAACAGUUCAAAUGCAGAAGAAUCUGACUCCAAGUCAAAAAUGGCUGAUGAUCAACGGAAUCGGUCUCCAGUAUUUUCUGGUGCUCAAACUGGUAGAAAAAUUGUGAACAUAAAGACCAAGGUUCCUGGUUUACAUAAAUCCAGCUGUGUAGAGUCACAUAUUGUAACAAAGCUCAAGCCCUGGAUACCAGCUAAAGUAAGUGGAUUAAGUAGGAAACAGCCACCUGUGCAGAAGAAAAAUCACUGUGAUGCUGAAAAUAAGAGGGGACCCCAAAUCACCAUUGGUGAACUCCGGAAAAACUUCCAAUUUAAAAGAGAGUAUGAAAAACUUCCCUCCUGUAAAAAGUCAGAUCCCUUGUCUCCAAUCAAAGAUAAUAUACAGCUCACUCCAGAAACAGAAGAAGAAAUCUUUAAUCAUCCAGAAUGUAGCCAUGUUCAGAGAGCUAUAUUCCAAUGA